UGCCAAUUAUCUGAUACUCGUUUUUAUACAAUUAAUGUUUUAAGAUAAUAAUAGACAGUAACGCUGUCCAUGUUACGCGAUGUUGACUUUUUCUGGUAUACCGUGAACGAAUACAAUUUCACUAACUAUAGCAAUGAACGGAAUAUGAAAACGGCAAACGGAGAGGAAAACCUAAAGAAAUUAUGCAGGAUGAUUCGUGCAGGGGGAUAUACCACGGUUUCAUUUUGGAGCAGAAAGUGAAUCUUUCCUGUAAACUUGAAAAUGUCUGGUCUUCGAUUAACAAUAAUUUUUAUAAACAAUAGGAGAAUGGAGUUAAAACGAAAUUAAGUAGAAUCGGGUGUUGAACGAUAUUAUUUCUAUGGUUUUAGUUCAAUGCAAUCAACUGCAAUCGUUCAAACGCUCGCGAUGGAAAGUAAAAGCUACAAUUUUGUCAGUUAUGUGGGCCUGGAGGAACAUGAAAUGCAGCCACUGGGUUCUAGUCGACGCAAUUCUUUAUCUGAAACUAAUAUCAAACUGUUACCCGGUGAAAUUCUAGUCACCAAAGCACAAAAUGUUCUUAUGUUCUCUCCUGUUAGCGAUUUGAAACAAGGAACGUCUGGCAUUUUAUCAGUUACAAAUUUUAAACUUACUUUUAUUACAACCGAAGACACAAAUGGUGAAGAUACCACUCGACAACAGAAUCAUCUUUAUGGUUACAUGGAUACAUGUUUAACAAACAUAGAAGAUAUUUAUAUGACAGUAGGUGAUAAGAAAAGAAAAUUGGUACCUGGUAAUAGUGUACCAUCUAAAGUAAAAGGAAUAUUUAUUAUCUGUAAAAAUUUUAGAACUUGGUCCUUUUCUUUCAAAUUUUCGCCAGCAGAUCAAGUAAAAAAACUUUUGAUAGCAAUGUUACAUCAUUCAUUUCCUAAUAGACACCAGUUAUUAUUUGCUUAUGAUUAUCGGGAAGCUUAUUAUAGUAGUCUCGAUAAAGCUGUUCGUUUAUUUAGAGAUAUAUCAGACUGGCACAAUGAAUUAGAACGAACCAUAGGUAACGAAAAACUUAGAAAAUUUUGGAGAUUAUCUACCGUUAAUGUUGAUUUUAAACUUUGUCGUAGUUUGUCACGGUAUAUAAUUGUACCAGCAUCCAUUACCGAUAAUCAGUUAUUGGACGCAGCUAAGUACUUCCAAGGCAACCGUCCACCAAUUUGGUCUUGGUCAAGUGCACAUGGUGCAGCAUUAGUAAAAAUGUCUGAGCUUUCCUCAUUAGUUACCAAUAGAAUGCAAGAAAAUAUUAUUUUCGAAAAUGUUCGAAAAAGUCACCCACAAAAGAUGCCACCAAUUGUUUUAGAAUUAAAUAAAGAUAUUAGCAUAAAAUUAGUAGCUGUAGCUUUUUCGAAAUUUGCCAGUUUAUGUUCUUCAGAGAACAUCAGGCAAUUUUGUCUGCAGGAUAAUAAUUUUUAUUCAUUAAUUGAAAAUACAAAAUGGUUGAAGUGUGUAUCAUAUUGUUUACAAAAAACUGUUGAAGCUUGCAAGCAUCUUCAUUUAGGAUUUUCUGUUAUUUUACAAGGUGCUGGCAUAGAUAUUUGCUGCGUUAUAUCAAGUUUAGUCCAGUUACUGCUUGAUCCUUAUUUUCGAACUAUCAAUGGAUUUCAAUCACUAUUGCAAAAAGAAUGGGUUGCUGGUGGGCACCCAUUCUGUGAUAGAUUAGGUCACAUAGUAAAAAGGAAUUCAGAAAAGUCUCCAUUGCUCCUUUUAUACCUUGACUGUGUCUGGCAGUUGAGUCAACAAUUCCCGGCGGAAUUUGAGUUCACAGAAACGUACCUGACAACGUUAUGGGAUGCUGCCCAUGUUUCAGUUUUCGAUACGUUCAUCUUUAAUUGCGAGAAAGACAGGGUGACGGCAGCUACGGAUCCAAACCAUUUUCUUGUUCUUCGAAGUGUCUGGGAUUGGAGAGAACAGUUUAGUGAUCAGGAUAUUUUAUUGUUUUACAAUCCUCUUUAUGAUUCUCGUGAAGUAGAUUCAACAGAAAAAUGCAUAAUAAAACCUUUAUACAAUAUUUCAAGUUUAGAACUGUGGGCACAGUGUUAUUUUCGUUGGAUACCCAGUUUGGAGAUUCGUAAUGGUGGACAGAAUCAUAUAGAACUUUAUGCGAGAUUGUUACGAAAUGACGUGAACCAAUUAAAAAUGAGUAUAGACGGUAAUUGUGGAUCGCCGAUUGAUUUUGAGGUUCAUCGUAACUGGCUUGCUAUAACACAUAGUUUAUCAAUCAAUGAAUGGUACACACAUUCUAAAUCGCAAUGGACUUUGGAUUAUCCACCACUGUUUGCAUGGGUCGAAUAUAUCCUUAGCUGUGUAGCACAAUUUAUUGAUCCUAAGAUGCUCGAAGUGGAAAAUCUAAAUUAUGUGUCAUUAAACACUAUAUAUUUUCAAAGGGGCACUGUUAUAUUUUUGGACUUAAUAUUUGCUUAUGGAGUAAAAGAGCUUGGAAAAGUAUUCUGUAAUUCUUUUGAUAGUUACGUUAUCUUUGUAAUUUUAUCACUAUGUAAUAUAGGGUUGCUAGUAGUUGAUCACAUACAUUUUCAAUACAAUGGAUUUCUACUUGGUAUUUUCUUAUUAGCUAUUGCAAAUGUUGUUAAAAUAAAUAGACAGAUUUGUGUACUACAAGGAGCUCUAUGGUUUGCAUUAUUAUUGAAUUUAAAACAUAUCUAUUUAUAUGUUGCACCAAUUUUCAUAAUCUGGUUGCUCAAAUCAUAUUGUAUAAAUAGCAAUAAAUGUUUAAGACGUUUAUUUAUGCUAGGAAGUAUAGUUGUAACUGUAUUAGCAAUUUCAUUUGGUCCAUUCAUCUCCCAACUACCUCAGGUGUUAUCAAGAUUAUUUCCAUUUAAAAGAGGUUUAGUACAUGCUUAUUGGGCUGCUAAUGCUUGGGCAUUGUACAUAAGUGCAGAUAAAUUACUGUCACUAUUUUUAAAACAAUUAGGUUGGUUAAAAGCCACUAAAUUAGCAGUAAUGACUGGUGGUUUAGUACAAGAGCAAUUAUUCUUAGUAUUGCCAACACCUACUCCACUUAUAACAUUUUUAUUAACUUUUUCAUCAAUACUGCCUAUAUUGUACUGUCUCUUUUUCAAAAAAAAUUUUGCCACAAAUGUAAAACAAUUUAUGCGAAGUUUAAUACUCUGUGCCCUAUGUUCUUUCUUGUUUGGUUGGCAUGUACACGAGAAAGCUAUUUUAACAGCUAUUAUUCCACUGUGUGUUCUGGCUGUAACUAAUAAAAAGGAUGCUAGGAUUUUUUUAAUUUUAAGCAGUGCUGGACAUACUGCUCUCUUGCCAUUGCUUUAUCCAACAAAUUUGAUUCCAUUGAAGAUAUUGUUACUUCUAACAUAUAUGGUCAUAUCUUUUCUAACUCUUUCUAUAAAAUUUAAACAAUUACUUUAUUUUCAUGAAUAUAUAUACAUCGCUAAUUUACCAAUGCUGACAGUAUACGAAACAUUAUUGCAUAAGUUAAUAUUUGGCAAUAAACUACCAUUUUUACCUUUAGCACUUACAUCGAUAUAUUGUGCGAUAGGCGUGUUUUAUUCUUGGAUACUGUAUUAUUCUAUGUUUCUACGAUAUAAUAAUGUUGAUGAUCAACAAAAAAGGAACGAAUAACAAGAUUUAUAUUUUACAUGAUAUGAUAUUAAAUAAAUUAUUCCACUUA